AAUUAAAACUACAGUAAAAUAAUAAUGAAACGUAAAUUAAAGAAGUUUUUUCCGAACAAAGAAUACAAUAAUAUAGUUGAAGCAACUCAUUUGUGGAAGUUAAUUAGGAAACUGACGGGUUUGUCCGUUUUGACUCUGGAGAGUAAAGAGGGGAAUCGCAUUGAAACACGAUUCAGUUCACUCGGUUUUGUGUUCUUCUUGCUGUGGUUCACAAUAUAUUUUUAUUGCACCUAUAAAGCGCACAAUGAAGAUCAAACGAUAUUGAGAAAUAUAUACAGCACGAAGCUCCAACGUUACGGAGAUGAUUUCGAAAGGAUCACCUCUAUCAUAUAUGUUCUUUACUCAAUGUGGAAACUCCCGUUUCAAAUUAGCGGCAACCGUCUAUUACUACAAGAAAUUGUAGAUAUCGAUAAAGCUAUUGAAAGCGUGGGCGUAACGAUUGAUUACAAGAAAAAUGCAACUUUUGCGCUAUUUAUCUAUAUCGGUCAAAUUGCCACGUACCUCUUUCGUUUAUUCUGUGUGUGGGGAUGUCUUGGAAAUUUGAAUUCACCGGUUCCCGUAGAAAAAUUGUACCAAGACAUAUUCACUGAUGCCUUGUCCCUUCUCCUCACCUCACAGUACUGUUUCUCUUUAGUUAUAUUACGUGAUAGAUGCAGAUAUAUAAAUAAAAUUUUAUGUGGGAUUGAAAAUCGUGAGUCGUCGAGAUUGAGGCUGUUCGUUUAUAGUUCUAUGCCUGGUGCAGAAAAAGAUAUAACCUGUCGGAAGAUUAAGGAUUGCUCUAAGAUCUAUGGAAUGAUUUAUAAGGCGGUAGAGUCGACUAAUAUAACGUACGGUUUUGCCUUAGUGCUGACCAUGCUGUUAUAUCUGAUCUUCAUAAUUUUAUAUAUGUUUUACUUUAUGGAGGCAACCGCAGCCGGCCUGUUUCUAGACACAAAGAAGUACAUUGACUUUUUGAUAUGCGUUUUAUCAGAAUUAUUGCAUGCGAUGUUGAUUAUAUUUUUAAAUAUUUAUUUUAGCGAAGAGACAGUAAAAGAGACAAGAACAACGUCGUUCGUAAUUCAUGGUAUAAUUAACAGUGAUUUUAACACUCAAGCAAAAACUGAGGCUAUCCACUUUUCAACUCAACUUUUGCAUCAGAUACCGAAAUUCACCGCAAGCGGUCUAGUUGAACUUAAUUAUUCAUUGUUAUACGAGGGAGGCAGAAUGGUGUUCACCUAUCUAAUAAUAAUGCUGCAGUUCGUGACCGAAAGAAACUAAUCAAAUGUGAACAAAAAAUUGCAGUUACGAAUACUGUAAUAAACAAAAAGAAUUCUAUUAUAAAUUGCAUAUCAUCAUAAACUAGAAAUAUAGGGGCUAUUCAAUAAUUACAUAAUGACGAUUUUGGUUAAUUUUUACUCUGCUAUCUACGUGUAAACGUGAAAUUUUAUAUAGUUUUCCUAAAAUAUUAAAUGUAAUUAGAAAUUGAUUAGGUACAUAAAUAAUAAACAUAAUUUAAAAAAAAAUUUAAUAUUUUAUUUUACAAGAUAAUUAUUUUGAUUAUACUGUUUUUCGAACUACAAGUAAAAAAGUAAGCAAUUAUCUAAAGGCUUUAAUGUUGCAAUUAAAAUUUAAAAUUAAACAGUAUCAGUUGUUAGCCUUAGCCAAAGGUUUCUGGCAAACAAACAGUAGAAAAUUCGAGUUUGAGAUGUGGAUAUAGACUGAGAAUGUAGAUUAUCAAAUUUAAAACAUUUUCAUUUGAUUUCCUAAAUCCGCUAGUAAUACUAAUAAUUACUAUUGUCAAUAUUUGUUUCUUCUAUCACUUCUUAAAUUCAUAUUAGGUAAAAACCUACCAUAUAUUAUGCAUGUAAAUUAGAUAUAAUAAAGUUGUAGAAAAUAAACAA